AUGAUCAACAAGUUUGCUAUUACUUCAAAACGACUAAAAUUGAUAGCUGGAGUUAUAUUUGUGGUUGUUUUACCAUUGGCGUUAAUAGCCAAUAACCUCGAAAUUUACAAAACUCCUUUAAGUGAACUUUUCGAUGAAGGAAUUUUGAAUUAUUCUCCCAAAAAUAAUAUAACCAACGCUUUUGGGGAAGAUAAUAGACUAAAUAGAUUUGGGUACGCAAACAACGAUGAAGAAAAACCACGAACUGAAGAAGAGAACGGAAAAGAAUGGAAAACCAUUCUCUUUUGGACAUCUUGGUUCGGAAAGGAUUGGUCUAAAAGGUACAAUCACGUAAGCUCCGAGGAAUUAGAGAUGGUUGGUUGCCCAUCUUGGCGUUGCAAGUUUACCAGAAACCAAAUAGACCUGAAGUCAGCUGACGCCAUAGUCUUUUCAAGCACAAUAAAUUUAAGCCUUACAGCUUUGGCAGUAAGAUUUAUUCAGAGCCAGAAAGCAGACUUACUAUUAUCAACUCUUGAGCAGAAUCAAAUGAUAAGAACUAUAAUCCACUAUUCUACUAAAGUAUGUGUCACCAGAUGUUAUAGGCAAGAAGAGGCAUAUCAUGCUUCAUCAAUUUCCUUUUCUGAUAGGGUUAGUCGCAGCCAUCUACCAAAUUUUCGUAAGCCAAACCAAAGAUGGGCAUGGGCUAACGUCGAAUCACCAAGAGCCUCCCCAGCGAGGAUUGCAAACAAGAAGCUUAGAAGCCAUCAUUUACAGUCCUACUUCAACUGGACGAUGACUUACCAUUCAAACUCCGAUAUAGCAGCUUUCUACGGUUACUUCAUUAGCAAAGGUGAAAAGACAAUGCCUGUUCGCCCCAAUCUAAUGUCAGAGCAUCCAAAAGCCAUGAAGGAAUACUUGAAAAGCCGUGAACUGAACACAACUCUUGAGAAUAUCAUGGGACCCUCCUGGAAGGAGUUUGUCCAACGGACAAAGCUGGUAGCAUGGAUGUCUGGACACUGCGGGACAUACUCAAAAAGGGAGCAGUACGUCGAAGAGCUGGCUAAAUACGUGCCCUUGGACAAGUAUGGUCAUUGUGGGCGCCGAUCCUGCCAACCCGCUGUAAAUGAUGGAUGCUGGAAGAUGAUUUUGGGCCCUCAGUACCUCUUCUACCUCUCUUUUGAGAAUAACCUCUGUGAUGAAUAUAUAACAGAGAAAUUAUAUUUACCACUGAAGUACAACUUGGUUCCAGUUGUGUGGGGAGGCUCUGAUUACGAUAGAUUCCUGCCUCCUGGGUCGUAUAUCAAUGGCCGACACUACCAUCCGAAGGACUUAGCUUCGCUCCUGCUGAGUUUGCAGAAUGACCCCGUAGCAUAUGGAAGAUAUCACGUCUGGCGCGGGUUUUGGACAGCACAUGUGGGAGGGAGCAUGUGUGAGCUCUGCCAUAAGUUACACACCGAUAAAGGCACUAAGAAUUAUGAAGAUAUCCCAAAGUGGAGGAUACAAAACAACCGCUGCAUCAAUAUCAAGAGGUCGCUGUUUACAGACAGCAGAGAUCCAAAUUACUGGAAGAGGGUGAUAAGCCCUCUAAAUCCCAACACUUCGUAACGCGUUCUUAAUUCAUUCUUUUAUGUUAGCAUCCAGAGGUGUUAAUGUAAUAGCAAAUGUUUCAUUGC